AUGAAGCACAACUUCGACUACAAGGUUCCAAAUCAGAUAGGAAGUUUUGGACAGCUCGGUGUGCUGAAAAAGAAUGCAUUUGUUGUUCGAGCAGCGAAUCUAAAGGGUACCACCUUGUUUGUCAUCAAGAAGUAUAGGUAUGAAGGUGUCAAAGAAGGACCUAAACCAAAUGACAUUAUACAGCUGAUGCGUACAGAGCACGGAUGCAAGAUUUCCUACGAUCUGGCAUGGGAGGCACGCGAGUAUGCUGUCAAUUGUGUGAGAGGUAUACCAGAGGAGAGUUAUGGUAAAAUACCAAUGUACUUGCACAUGGCAAAGGAAGCUAAUCCGGGUACUCAUACUGCUUAUAAAACUGAUCCUGAUGGUAGUUUCAGAUACAUGUUCAUUGCUUAUGGUCAGUCAAUUAGAGGCUUCCACAAAGUGAUGCGGCAGGUCAUCGUUGUUGAUGGGACAUUCUUGAAGAAUAAAUACAGGGGAACACUACUAGUUGCUACAGCUUUAGAUGGUAACUCUAAUUUCUGCAUGUUGUUAUCGAGGAUGACUACACCUUGGCUUUUAUCUCAGACAGAAAUCCAUCCAUUGCUCAGCAAUACGUAUUGUCUACCAACGAGCAAGCCAUGGAAUCUGCAUCCACCAUUUGCUGAACAAUGUCAUCUCCCAUCUCCAUGGAAAAGGUACGACAUUAGGACAACUAACCCAGCUGAGUCCUUAAAUAAUGCAUUGAGAUCACCUAGAGAGUUCCCAGUAAUCCCUCUACUGGACAGCAUCAGAGAAAUGUUGACAAGGUGGUUCUAUGAGCGCAGGACAUUGAGCUCAAAGCAUAACCACCCUCUAACCAAGGCUGCUGAGAUGAAGAUUACAGAAGAAUUGAAAAGGAAACUUCCCUGUAGGCAUGCAAUCAGAGCUAUUUUCUUGAUAGGAAAGCAAUCACAUGAAUACAGUGAUGAUGUGUUCAAAACUGAGUUCUGGAGAGUAGGGUAUGAGGAAGCUAUUAACCCAAUGGGUGUUCCUGAGGAUGCAUGGUGUGUUACAGAAGAUCUUGAAGACGAACUUGUUACUUGUCCUGAGUCACGCCGAGCUGCCGGCAGAUUUGAAACAGUUGAGGACAAGAUAAGGUCGCACAAAAAGUUAAAAAGAUACACAAGUGCAGUCGAUGUGAUAAGCCCGGCCACAACAGAGCAACCUGUGAUAUGCCUAUAUAGUUGA